AUGCUCGCCAACCUCAUCUCCCAAACUCACAACAGACUCAUCAACGCCAUGACUCCUUCAGGGGACAAUGUAUUCGUCGGUGCCAUCGACCAGGGCACCACGAGUACCCGCUUUCUCAUCUUCAACACCAAUGGCGAGGUCGUCGCCCUCCACCAGAUUGAAUUCAAGCAAAUCUACCCCCAGCCUGGCUGGCACGAGCAUGACCCUGAAGAGCUGGUGAGCUCCGUCGAGCAGUGCAUCGACGGCGCCGUCGCCGCCUUCGAGGAGCAGGGCCACUCCCGCAGCCAGAUCGCUGCUGUCGGCAUCACCAACCAGCGCGAGACCACCAUCGUCUGGGACAAGAACACGGGCAAGGCGCUUCACAAUGGCAUCGUCUGGACCGAUACCCGCUCCCAGGAGCUCGUCCGCCGCCUCAAGAACCGCCUCGGCUCCGGGGAGCUGACCCGCCGCUGCGGCCUGCCCCUGUCCACCUAUUCCUCCGUCGGCAAGCUGCUCUGGCUGCUCGAGAACGUCCCCGACGUCAAGAAGGCGUACGACAGUGGCGAUCUCGCCUUCGGCACCGUCGACGCCUGGCUCGCCUACAAGCUCAACGGCGGCCCCAAGAAGAACGUCCACGUCUCGGACCCCUCCAACGCCUCGCGCACCAUGUUCAUGAACCUCGAGAAGCUCGAGUACGACGACGAGCUCCUCGACUGGUUCCGCAUUGAUCGCAACAAGAUUCAGCUCCCAAAGAUUGUCCGCUCUUCCGACCCCGAGGCCUUUGGCACCCUCGCCAACACGGCCCUCAAGGGCAUCAAGAUUACCGGCUGCCUGGGCGACCAGUCUGCUGCCCUUGUCGGCCAAAAGGGCAUCACCCCCGGCCUGGCCAAGAACACCUACGGCACCGGCUGCUUCCUCCUCUACAACGUCGGCCCCAAGCCCAUCUUCUCCACCCACGGCCUCCUGUCCACUGUCGCUUUUGACUUUGGCCCAGGCAAGACCAUGUACGCCCUCGAGGGCAGCAUCGCCGUCGCCGGUUCCAGCAUCAAGUUCCUCGUCGACAACCUCGGCUUCAUCGAGUCGUCGUCCAAGCUGAGCGCUCUCGCCGAGACUGUCGAGGACAACGGUGGCUGCACCUUUGUCACCGCCUUUAGCGGUCUGUUUGCGCCCUACUGGAUCGACGAUGCCCGCGGUACCAUCUUCGGCAUCACGGCCUACACGAAGCGCGGCCACAUUGCCCGUGCCACCCUCGAGGCUACCUGCUUCCAGACCAAGGCCAUCCUCGACUCGAUGGAGAAGGACAGUGGCCAGGCUCUGACUGAGCUGGCCGUUGACGGUGGCAUGUGCAACUCGGAUCUCAUCAUGCAGACACAAUCCGAUUUCAUUGGCAUGCCCGUCAUCCGCCCUGCCAUGCGCGAGACGACUGCUCUCGGCGCUGCCAUUGCCGCCGGUCUGGCCGUCGGCGUCUGGAACAGCCUCGACGACCUGAAAAAUGUCAACACCGAGGGCCGCACAACCUUUAGCCCCCAGAUCACCACCGAAGACGCCAGCAAGCGCUUCGCCCGCUGGGAGAAGGCUGUUGAGAUGAGCAAGGGCUGGGCCAACUAUCCCUAA